AUGGCAUCCACCCGGCCGGUCCGUAUGCUCAAGCUCAAGCUUAAUCUACGGCCCGCCUACCAACCGACAGUUUCAGCGGUACCUUGGAGAGCGGAAAAUUCUUCGUCUUUCUCCGUCGGUUCCCCGCUUAUUGGUGGUUCGUGCCUCGGCACGUUCACGGGGCUACGCUACGGAAGAUUUUUGACAUAUAGCCGCUACAUCACGCACAACCAGUCACAGCCGCAGUUAUUUGGCGCAGAAAGAAGGAUCAACAUGGGCGACAAUAAUAGGGACGCUUCCGCGAGACGACUGCGGGCGCUAACAGAACACAUAUCUCCUGGCCAACAGCAUCAGAGCCGGGAGUAUAGCCAGACCGUCACCGGCACUUCUUCCAAGGACUCCGGUAUUAAUUUCUCCGCGUUAUCGAAGCUUCUGCCGCACGAUGGGCCUGAGGGAGAAGCGGUAUGGUACAUUGUUGUGGCCGCAGCACUGAUGGCGUUUCAUCAGGAAUCGGCAGUGGGUGCGCUGUGGGAACAUAUCGUGUCUACUCGGGGGUCAUCAACUGAAGAGGAGAAAGCACUGAUUGCACGACGGAUAAGGGAGAGUUGCUUGAAGGCUAGCGUGCUAGUCGGGUUUCCACGGGGAAUCAACGUUCUCUCAUCACUGCAUGAGUCCCUGGCGCGGCACACACCCUCGACCCACCGACUUCUCUCCGAGGACAGCUCAUUGCGAAGUCCGGUCGAUGGGAAAACGAAGCUGGAGCGGGGGACUGCGUUUUUCUCCCGCCUUUACGCCGGUCACACCAGCAAGAUACUAGACAACAUGUCUCGCAGCUCGGGCGGGGACCUGAGCUACUAUGCCCUUGCUAGUGUGUACGGGGAGCUCAUGGCCGAGACUCGAGUUGUCAAUGCGAUGGAGACGGUGCUGAUGGAGUUUGUCUGCUGUCUAGCAGACGACGUCGCACCGCAGGCCAAGGGACACUUCUUUGGCAGCCGGAACAUGGGAGCAUCCGGUGCACAGAUCAAGGGAGCCGUGAGCAUCGUACAAGAGCUGGCAAGGCAGGCUGGCCUGGAGAUGCCCGGAACGGGGGAGGAAUACGCCUUUCUGGCAAAAGCUGACUUGUGGUGA